GUUGUGGUGUUUUCUCUGGGGUCGAUGGUGAAAAAUCUCACAGAGGAAAAAGCCAACCUCAUUGCCUCAGCCUUCGCCCAGAUUCCACAGAAGGUUUUAUGGAGAUACAAAGGAAAGGAGCCGACCACGUUAGGACCCAAUACUCGGCUGUUUGAUUGGAUUCCCCAGAACGACCUUCUUGGCCACCCCAAAACCAAAGCUUUCAUCACUCAUGGUGGAACCAAUGGGAUCUAUGAAGCUAUUUAUCACGGGGUCCCCAUGGUGGGAGUCCCCCUAUUUGGAGAUCAGUAUGACAACGUUGCUCACAUGAAGGCCAAAGGAGCAGCUGUGCAGGUCAACAUGCACACAAUGACAACUGCAGACCUGCUGGGUGCCUUGAGAGCAGUCAUCAACGACCCUUCUUAUAAAGAGAAUGCCAUGAGGUUAUCAAGCAUUCACCAUGACCAGCCAAUGAAGCCCCUGGACCGAGCAGUCUUCUGGAUCGAGUUUGUCAUGCGCCACAAGGGAGCCAAGCACCUGCGGGUUGCAGCCCACGACCUCUCCUGGUUCCAGUACCACUCUUUGGAUGUGAUUGGGUUCCUGCUGGCCUGCGUAGCAACUGCUAUAUUUUUGAUCACAAAAUGUUGUUUAUCUUUUUACCAUAAGUUUAUUAAGACAGGAAAGAGCAUAAAGAGGGAAUAGAUCUUUCUAAGAUCAGCAAAGUGCUGAGUUGGGCAAUAAUAUUAAUUCCAGCCUUGAAAAGUUCAUGGAGAACCUGUCUUGCAAUUUUUUCAAGUAUCAUGUCUUGUUUCUAUGAACGUUGACUAUGUGUUUGGCAAAUGGUAACAACAUUUUGAAAAGUUAUUCACAUUCAUGUGGUUUGUUUGUUCUCCUUACUAGAGGAAAAGUCUAGGUUUCAACAGAAUGAGUCUUCAUUUGCCUUUUCCUCUGGGGCUUUACCAGGGAGCUAUUAAUUCUAAAUAAAUUUGCUCAUAGGAUCAUUUAAAUUUGAACUUUGAUUGACAUGCUAAGUACAUUUGGAAUCUUGAGAAGCUUUGCAGUGUACAUGGGAUUUGAUGAAUGAGGUACUCACAAAUGUCAUAUGUCCACUUCUCCAUAUGCCAUAAAAUCGAAGAACCACCAUAACAGGAAGUCAGUUUAAGAGAAAGUCAUGAUUUUCUAGUGUUAUAAUAAUUAGCUCUUUACCUUGCCAAAUGUUAUUGGAAUGUGAGUAUGAAAUUACACAGGAGUAGUGCAAUGCAGUAUUAAAGAUCUACCUCCAUAAUUUUUAUCGCACAUUGUUAGAUAGACACAAUCUACUUUUCUGUCAUUCUUGUGCCUGGUCCAGUGAGGCACUGAUUUUGGCUCAUUAAAUUUCAAAAAACAGAUCAAUACAUUGAAUUGUUUUCUAAGUACAAAAUGUUAAAUUUGUACCAAAUAUAUAUAAACAAAUCAUCAGAAAGAAAUACCAAAGGAUAUAUAAUUUUGUGAAGUUUUUAACUUAGAAAAAUAUUGAUAACCAUAAUGUUAAUUCAUUAUUUUUGAAUAUCAGGAGAGAAAAUGUGUAAUCAGUAUUCAGUAAUAAAUUUUAACUUUCUGCCCAGAAUAAAAAUUUAGAUUAUGAUAUGGUUUUUCCAAUGUGUCUUGCAUGAAUUCAAUCAUUUAUUUGCUGUGCUAAGAAUAUAUUAGCCUAAUAUUUUGACCAAGUAUAUGGUAGGAAGUGAGACAUGUGAUUAUUUCUCACUUUAAAACAAAAAUCAAUCGCAAUACUUAUAUUUAAAUGUUUUUCCUUAUCAAAUAUAUUAUUGAACUUGUUCUAUUCCUACAAAGUUAGUUAAAUGUCUAUCUAGAAUUUGAAUUUUAGUAUUUGAUCUUCAAUUGAGGAGACAUAGAUAUCCAUUAGUUUGAAGAGGACCUUUGAAGUUCUUAUACAUUUCUUAUGAUAUUGUAAGCUGCUUAGUUUUAAGAUUAAUGAUAUGCUAAGAUCAUUUUUUUUGAAUGUAUGCAUUCUUCAAAGUACAAAUAAAUCUCUAUAAAAAAAUGUGAA